AUGAAGAUGAAAAGUAAUUGGGUGUCGACAAAGACGAUGCUGCUACUCCUGGUCUGCUUAAUACCGUGUCGGUUGUCAUCUGUGGUGUUGGUUUCGGCGGCGUCUGCCUCGACUGCAUCUUGGACGACAGUCUGGGUCGACGAGUUCCAAGGAGAGGACGUGGACGUGGACAAAUGGGAAUUUCCAGAUUCUACUGAAGAGGAGAGUGACCCAGUUACUGUCGAGGGCGGCGUUCGCCGGGAACAAAGCGACAACAACACUAGUGCAACAGAAAAUCAUCAUCGAAUGCGUUCGUUCUCCAACCCACAUCUCCAAGCCUAUAUCGGCGCUGACGACUACCUCGUCAUGGUAGCCGCCGCUGCUCCCCCACCCCAAAAUUCGAGAGGCAAGGGUAACGGUGCCGAAGUGUUGGUGGGGCCAGGACCCUCGAAACCCCCACCGCGCGGUCGAAUCGGCACUGCACACUCUGCAAACUUUGUUCACGGAAGGGUAGAAAUAAGCGCAAAGGUCUCCUCCAGAGGUUCAUCGGGCUUCUGGCUCAUGCCGUCCGACGCGGGCACUGUCGGCCAUACACCCUGCGCUCGCGUCGCCAUUGCCGAGAUUCGGGCAAGGCAAUACCACGCGGCUGAUAAGUCCGGACCCGACAUCACUGCCUCCCUGGGCUUCGGAGACUACGAGGAGGAUAGGUGGGGUUGCACUAGCUCGAGCUCUUGGCCCGACAAAGGCGGCGGUUGCAGCUUGCCCGCAGAGCACGGCGUCGACUGGAGCGACGGCUUCCACGUGUAUGCCUUAGAAUGGGAAGAAGAUGAAAUUCGUUGGUGAGUCAGCAAUCUUGGUUGUUUGUUCACGAACAAGCACAACAGCAGUAUUUCAAAGAUAUCGGUGGUGUUGGGGCGAACAAUCUCGUUUUUUCUGUGUGGGGCGUGUGUGUGUGCCUCUAGUAUUAGCAUCGACCGCUCUAGCCGGCUCACAAUACGUCAGUGUUCUCCAUUUACGAUCAGCAAGCGUUUCUGUGGUUGUGAACAUUUUGGCUUUCAGGCUAACGCAACGUUUGACGCGGCCGGUAGAUAACCUGCAGAGAUAUUCUUACGAGCGUGAGCUCCUCGGAAGGACAGCAAUCUUCACAGAUCCACCGUGAAGGCAGCAACCUUCACGACUCGGUUCAAAUAUUUUGGGCGAGAGCACCAGGCCGGGCUAAUGGAGUCAACCUGGCACCGUCCAUGAAACGCUAACAAACAACCAUGUCCAUCCGACUGUUCGUCCGCAGAAAAAUCUCAACCAAGACAUAUUGAUUUUUGAGAUGCCCGUUCCUCGUUACUUCCUCCAAGUUAAUGUAACAACUGGCCGUGAAAGCUGUUGCCCAACGUCACCUCUCACCCACAAAUCUCUCCUAUCAACAAGGUACGUGGAUGGCCGUCAGUACUGCAAGAAGAGCGCCUG